UAAUAGGGAUUUAAGUUAGAUUAAUCACAGUCUGUGCAUGUGGUCGUGAAGAGCCGGGAAUUCGAAAGCGAAAGGCCGGUCGAUUGAGAGAAGAAAAAAACAACAACCCCCCUGGAGAGUAGUUUCGGUUGUAAGAGAGAGCGUUAUCCGAGCGUUAUCAUUCGGAUUCGGUCUUUCGGCACGUCUCUCUGUGAAAACCCGGGAAAAAAGCUAGAUAAAAACAGGCGCCGUUAACGUUCGAGGAAUUUUUGGCGGGAUUAAAGAGUAUAGAAGAAGAGGGUUGUCAAUUUUGGAGGGUAAAUCUGACCAGGAAGAGUUUGUGAAUCCCGAAGCUCAGUCUGCAGUCGACCUUUCGCGCGUUCAUUUCAUCCAACAAAGUGUGUGUGGACCUAUCCGCAGGUGUAAAAGAGUACACGUGGCAACAACGCUUCACACAGUCUGCUGCGUCUCCUCCAAACAAAACAACAAAUUGAACCCCGAUUUCGUCGGCCAUUGUUUUUAAAGCUUUCUGAUGUCCGCAACGAUUUUUGUUUAUUUUAUUUUAAAUUGUAAUUUAUUAAAUUAGUUUUUAACAACAACAAAAAAGAGAAACACCAAAACACUUCGAUGUGAUCAUUUAAACGAUUCCACGCAGCUCCGCCGUCUCCGUUUUAACAGCGUCUCAAAUAAUAGACUUUUUAAGGUUAUAGGAACGAAAAAAAAAAUAACAAGAGAUGGACAAGACGUUGGAGCUGUCCGAAGACUCGGGUUUCGUUAGUUCGCUGAGCUACACGUCCACCUCGACUCCAGCAGAAUGCAACCAAACAUCACGCAAACGGAGAUUCUCCAUCAUCACCGAGAGGAAACAAGCCAUCACGAACAUCGCCUCAAGCACGUUAAACGAAUCGGCGAUAUCGCGCAGUUUCGAGCUGUGCAACAUCAGUUCAUUCACACCAAGCUACUAUGUUGAAAGAUCUCCGGAGCCUCCAACCACCCCCAUCAAAUCAGACGUAUUCUACGAGUCGCACAGCAAAACGCAAAAGACACCACCGAAACACCACUAUCCGUCACUGCAAAAGCUAGGUUCACCUGAGAGCAACAAAAUCCUGUACAAAGACAUCAAACCGAAUUGCAUUCAGAAGGUGCUCGAUGCCAAAGUGAAAAGAUCAUCACCAGCCAAGAAGCGUUUAUUCUCCGACGCACGUAGAAAGUUGAGUCCAUUGAAACUAGAUCCUGUUGUGUACUUUACAGUGAAACGCAGAUACUUGGAUGUGUUGCCGAAGGUCUACUCUUAUCUGAGCGACGCCGAUCUCUACAACUGCAGCAGAGUCUCGCAGCAGUGGAAGACAUCGAUCAAAGACAUUGCCUGUGCCCAGAGCAGACUCACAAAGUACAGUUUGAAAAUCAGUAUUAACAAGGAGAAUCUAAUUAAACGAAUCAGCUUGCCGAUGCCUACUACGAAGGUUAUCAAGAAAUGCGAUCUUCAGUUGAACAAGUGCGUGCGAUGCAAUGAGGCGUCGAUCGUUGAUAGGAACAUUUACCAGUGUCAGAACACCAUGUGCGGGUACAUCUACUGCAAUCUGUGCAACAGCGGUUCGAUCACCGGCCCCGAAGACUUCGUGGACAAAUGCCAGAUGUCAAAGUUGCAGAUAGAGAGGAGGGCCAGACAGAAGAGCGAACCGGAGAGCCCCAAACCCUUCUCGUUCCUAUACGAUUCGUCGGCGUCGGUGGCGACGACCUGUGAUUCUUCUUCUGGUUACUCCACAGACAUGGAGACUUUCAGUCCGAAGAAGAGCAGGCAUUCCUCUGGCGGAGUCCUCUCCAAUUACAAUCGAGACUUGCCUGAGAUGAAGGUGAAGGUGAACAGUUCGAGACGACAUUCGAAUUACAUUCCCGUCAUCCCGUUGACGCCGACGAAGCGGCCCGAAAUCGUGGAGCCCUCGAGUCCACCGAAGAUCAUCAACAUUGCCUGUUCAUCGAAGAGCCGGAAGAAUCUAAAGAGGUUGCUGCGAUAAUAACGAAUUAUUAUUAAUUAAUUAAUAGAUUAUGAAUGAUGAUGGAUGAUGUUAAUCAUGAUGAUUAUGAUGUUGAUACUCACGAUCAUCAUCAUUACGAAUUAUUAUUAUUAUUGUUUAGUGUUUAGUUUAUUUAUUCGCGUUGUACAUGUACAUUUUUGUGUUGUUGUCUUUUUUUCUUUUUUAAUUUCAUUUUUUUUUUCUACAUUUGCUUUAAGUAAGAGAAAUUGGGACCCAGUGAUUACAUUCCAAUUUUUUUAAUUAAAACAACUAACUC